GUCAUCCCUAGUCUCUUCGGCGGGACUGUGAUGGCCGGAGAGAUGACGAUCUUAGGUUCAGCUGUUUUGACUCUCCUGUUGGCUGGCUAUUUGGCACAACAGUAUUUACCUUUGCCUACUCCUAAAGUGCUUGGAAUUGACCUUGGCACCACUUAUUGUUCCGUUGGGGUGUUUUUUCCUGGCACAGGAAAAGUAAAGGUGAUUCCGGAUGAAAACGGGCAUAUCAGCAUACCCAGUAUGGUGUCCUUUACAGAUGAUGAUGUGUAUGUGGGAUAUGAAAGCUUAGAGCUGGCAGAUUCAAAUCCUCAAAACACAAUAUAUGAUGCCAAAAGGUUCAUAGGCAAGGUUUUUACUCCAGAAGAGCUGGAGGCUGAAAUUGGCAGAUACCCAUUUAAGGUUUUAAACAAAAAUGGAAUGGCUGAAUUUUCUGUGUCAAGUAAUGAGACCGUCACUGUUUCCCCCGAAUAUGUUGGCUCUCGACUGUUGUUGAGGUUAAAGGAAAUGGCAGAGGAAUAUCUUGGAAUGCCAGUUAUCAAUGCUGUCAUUUCCGUACCAGCAGAAUUUGAUCUAAAACAGAGAAAUGCAACAAUUGAAGCUGCUAACCUUGCAGGAUUGAAGAUCUUGAGAGUCAUAAAUGAACCCACAGCAGCAGCUAUGGCCUAUGGUCUCCACAAGGCUGAUGUCUUCCAUGUCUUAGUGAUAGACUUGGGUGGAGGAACUCUAGAUGUGUCGUUACUGAAUAAACAAGGAGGAAUGUUUGUAACCCAAGCAAUGUCUGGAAACAAUAAACUUGGAGGACAGGACUUCAAUCAGAGAUUGCUUCAGUACUUAUAUAAACAGAUCUAUCAAACAUAUGGCUUUCUCCCCUCUAGGAAAGAGGAAAUCCACAGAUUAAGACAAGCUGUGGAAAUGGUCAAAUUAAAUCUGACUCUUCAUCACUCUGCUCAGCUGUCAGUAUUACUAACGAUAGAGGAAAAGGACAGGAAGCAACCUCAGAGUGGUGACAAUGAACUGCCAAAGGACAGACUUUCCCCAGCAGAUGGCCACAAUGUGAAUGGUGUGUUUGGACCUGGCCUUUCUGAAAAGAAAAGUGGAGAACAGCAAGUUUUAUUUGAGACAGAAAUAUCACGAAAACUCUUUGACACCCUUAAUGAAGAUCUCUUCCAGAAAAUACUUGUACCCAUUCAGCAAGUAUUAACAGAAGGCCACCUAGAAAAGACCGAGAUUGAUGAGGUGGUUUUAGUUGGGGGCUCUACUCGUAUUCCUCGAAUCCGCCAAGUCAUUCAGGAGUUCUUUGGAAAGGAUCCCAACACAUCUGUGGACCCUGACCUAGCAGUGGUGACAGGAGUGGCUAUCCAAGCAGGGAUUGAUGGAGGCUCUUGGCCUCUCCAAGUUAGUGCUUUAGAAAUUCCCAGUAAACAUUUACAAAAAACCAACUUCAACUGAAUUUUGGAGGAGUGUUUAUUAUUUGUGAUCUUGUCUGAUGGUCUUCUGCCCUUUAUCAGACCACCUCGUCCAAAAAGAAAGUCUCUAUCUAAAAUAUCCCACAGAUUUAUCUAGAAGGCAACAUUUAGAUACAGGAAAAUUUUACAUAGCAUUUUGUUUUAGGAUUGGAUGUGACCAGAUUGAUCCUAUUUAAUUUUGGAGAGAUUCAAUUCCAACAAAUUCUAAAAUGAUAAAAUUGAGGUAAAAUUCUCUUAGGAGCAUGGGUGACUAUAUUUUGUGGAUUCUGGAAGUAGAGGAUCAUAUGCACUUGACAUUAUAUUCUGUAAUCAUUAAAUAGUGCCAAUUAUAACAUUCCCAGUUCUUACUAUACUGUAUUAGGAGAAGCUGAUAAUUUCUUUACUUGGUUUUCACAUGUAACUUAAUUUGGACUAUACUUGAAGGACAGUGUUGGUGUCAGGUAUUUACAUGGGCUGGGAGAUAGCAGUAUUAUUAAUAUAAGCUGCAAUACAUAAUAUUCAGUAACUGCCAUAAUAAAUUUUCUUUCACAGUUUCAACAUCCUGUUACGUGUCAUUCUCAUAAUCUGCAUUCUUCAGAUUUUUUUUAUGUAUUAGUAGGUCAACUUAUUUUCUUUCUAGAAUCACUACAGGUUUAUUGAAAUGUUUCAAUGCCAGACAGAAAUACCCAGUUUAUAUUCAGUUCUUUAUUUCCUAUGCAUCACUUUCUGCUUGGAUUUCCACGAUUCUGCCUACUUAGAAAACAAUAGGGAAUUAAUUAAUUAAUUAUUAAUUAAUUGCAUUUUUAAAUGUGUUAAUGUCAAAAUAAACUCAUCAUUACCAUCUCAUUUUUGGUAUCCCAGGCCUUUACAGACAUUGGUAAAGAGUAUUAAUUUUCUACUUUAUAUGUUUUACUUGUUUGUUACUUUGUUUAUAUUUUCAGUAAGCCCUGGGGAACAUAGAUUGCAUUUGAGCUGUCAAAUGGUAUCUGAUUCAGUUUUACUGAGAUGUUUCUCCAUAUUUAGUUUCAAAUAAGGAAAAUGUACUCAAUUGUGAAAGCCCAGUUGUUUCCUCUUAUGAUUUUUAAACACACUUAGACUGUUUUCAGUCAUAAGUUUAGUAUGUGUUGAGAGCAAAAAUUGGUGAAUACUGGAAGUAAUUUGUAAAUCUAGUGUGGAAAGCAUUGUGAAAAAAUUUCCACAAAUCGGCAUUUGUAGCAGUUGUGUGUUU